GCGGCAGCGGCCGUGUUUAAUUUUUUAACGAGGGCGGCUCGAGCAGCUCCCGGCGGGGUCGCGGCGCCGGGCGGCGAGGGGAAGCGCGGCAGAGCCGCCCCCGCCGCCCGGGACCCCGCGCAGCCCCAGGGGCCGGAGCCGUGCCAGCCCGUCGGGGCUCCCACCUGGGCUUCGGCCGGCCGGGCCCGGAGCUCCGCCGUCCGCCACCAUGGGCAACGCGGAGGAGACGGGCAAAGAAGCAAUAGAGGUGAAAAUCCCACAGAGUCACCAAGAUGUGAUGUCCAAUGAUGAGCAGUAAUUACUGUGGCAACACUUCAGCCAGCAUGAGCGUCAAUGAAAUGUCUGCCUUCCCUCUGACUCUGGAACAAAAGACUGGUUUCGCCUUUGUGGGGAUUUUGUGUGUUUUCUUAGGACUCCUAAUUAUCAGAUGCUUCAAAAUCUUGCUAGACCCCUACAGCAGUAUGCCUUCUUCUACAUGGGAAGAUGAAGUUGAGGGGUUGGAUAAAGGGACAUUUGAAUAUGCUCUUGCAUGAAAAGUCAUGUGAUAUCCUGCCUUAAAUUUGAUGUUGAUUUCAUUUUGGAAACCAACUGUUGGUACAUUUAUUACACAUGCAUACAUACAUUUUGGAGAUGUGUUGGUAUCUGUGGCGUUCAUUUUGUUAAAUAAAUGUUUGUUGCAAAUUCA